AGAACAGCAACGACGCGCUCUAUUAUUAGUUGAUUUAAAGUGACCUCCCAUUCUACCAAUCGUGAUAUCUAGAAUGAGUCGAAAUGCCAUCUUUCUCUAUUUCUCCACCCCUGAAGCGUGUCGUCAAGCAUCUCCCUCGACCACUUCUGUCGCGAGUCACGGUUGAUCUUGACGAAGGACUUUAUACCACAGCUCUACCUCUCCUCCGUCAACUCCUCAUCUCCUCGCAAUCGCAUCCUCAAGCGUCCACACUCCCCGCAUAUAUCCCCCCGCCACAGCAUAUCGCUCUGCUCCUGACCCUUAUUGUCCACCCCCAAUACACAACACGCGCGGCAAAUCGCGACAACCUAUUAGUUUCCGUAUCCGCCCAAUCUCUACUAUGGGAGUACCUCGAAGUUGCGGGCGUCGGAGAUCUACAAUGGGACAAGGUGCUUCAAUUCUCGGGCCAAUCCCGUGGUGACGGUCGACUUGACCGUCGCCAAUUGCGGCGCAGUGGCGAGUUCAAAAAGCACCGGUCCGACCUCGACGGAGGGGUCACCGAGCAGGAAGAAGAGGAUGGACUGGGCAUGAUCGGAGACAAACAUCGACUGGCGAACGAGCAGAGCGUAUUCAAUCGCGCCGCGCAGUUCUGGGACGUGGUCGGAUGGGCGUUUUAUUGCUCGAUGGCAUGGAUGCAGAGGUGGGAAUACUGGCGGGGUUGGCUGGAGUUUGUGAUUGAGGUGCUGGAGAGGGAUUGGAACGCGAGGAAAAGGGCCAGCGCCGAGGCGACAGAUCAAGAGCGCAGGCUGGAUACAGCCGUCAUCGUGUCCUACCUCGAGGCUCUAGAAAAUCGAGCAGCAUGGCGAAGAGUGAUGAAGGCCAUUCUCGCGGAUGGCAGCGAUGACUGCCAAAAGGCCUUCAAAGAAGUGUGGAAGAACGAGACGAAAGAGAGGAAGAAUGAAUCCGACGCGAAGAAAUUCGAAAAGUUGAAGAAGAUCGAUAUUGAAAACGCAGAUUACGGGGACUACGAUGGCGACGAUGAGAAGCUGGCGGAUUCCCCUGAACCGGCUUCUGACAGUGAAACCAGCCAGGACACGGACAUGGAUGUUGACGAAGAGGAGGUGGACUACAUGCAAGAGUUGGGGGGUUAUGAAGCCGUCCAGCUACGGCAGCGACUUAUUGCUCUAAUAUGCGACGUACUUGACCAUGUAACUUUUCCCGCGUGGCGUCUCGACGAAAUGCUGGAUAUCAUCACCGAAUCUAUGCGCCCCCUCCCGAUUCCCCAAUACACUGUUCUUCUUCGAACCACGAAGUUGACGCCUCUACUCCACCGGGCUCUCCAUUUCGAUCUUCUAAUCCCUCAUAUGAUCAACAUCCCCAGAAAACUGAACGUCUUCAACGUCCCCACUUCGAUUUUCCUGGAGAAGUUCCUCUCAUGCUCAGCCAAUAGCUAUACCACUCCCGACAAUCUAAAGGUCAGCCUUGUGCUCGAGCGCUUGUUGAUAGAGUUGUUGGAGUCCGGCCAGGUGAAAUGCGACAAGCAGCUGCAGAAGGCCGUGGAUACGGGGAUUCGAGCGAGGAAUGAAAGAGCGCUCGGGGAAGGCAAAAAGCAGCUAAUCGAACUGGAUGGGAAAGCUGCCCUGCAGAUGAGUGCGGAAAGGCUGCGGUUACUCGUCGAAUUGGCGGUGGAAUGAAAAUGGGUGGACUGGCACGUUUAAAAGGUGUCAAACUUAUGUCAACCGGUUAUGUAUUUUAAGCGAGAUACCC